AGCUAAAGCCGCGAGGGGUGGAGCUGCUGUGCGCCCGGAGGAAGGUGGAGGUAGUGCGCACUGGAGUGAGGUCGCUCUCAUGUCACUAAUGGCCCAGAAGAGACGGACAAAGUAGACUUCAACUGUAGUUCACAAAGCAAGUAGUGAAUAGUUUUGCUGGAGAAAAAAAAAAAAACACUUUGGAGAAUCGAGGAAGCAGAAGCCGCGGGACUGAUCAUUCGCUCUCACAAUGUCUGAUGGGGACUACGAUUACCUCAUCAAAUUCCUGGCCCUAGGUGACUCUGGCGUAGGAAAGACCAGCUUUUUGUACCAGUACACAGAUGGCAAAUUCAACUCCAAGUUCAUCACUACAGUGGGCAUCGACUUUAGAGAAAAACGCGUGGUUUAUAAAUCCACUGGCCCUGAUGGCUCUUCAGGUAAAGGGCAAAAGAUCCACAUGCAGCUGUGGGACACUGCAGGCCAAGAGAGGUUUCGCAGUUUGACUACAGCUUUCUUUCGGGAUGCCAUGGGUUUUCUCCUUCUGUUUGACCUCACAAACGAACAGAGCUUCUUGAAUGUCAGAAAUUGGAUGAGUCAGUUGCAAAUCCAUGCUUACUGUGAAAAUCCAGACAUCGUUUUGUGUGGGAACAAGUGUGACCUCUCCGAUCAGAGAGCGGUCAGUGAAGACGAGGCCCGUGAGCUGGCUGAGAAAUAUGGAAUACCCUACUUUGAGACCAGUGCUGCCAAUGGCCAAAAUGUAAACCAGGCUGUUGAUGUUCUGUUGGAUCUAAUCAUGAAGCGAAUGGAGCGCUGUGUGGACAAGUCCUGGAUUCCAGAUGGGACGGUCCGAGCAAACGGAAACACAAACGCAGACCUGUCAGAAAGUCCUGAUAAAAGCAAGUGUACGUGUUGAAUAAAGAACUGCUUUCUCCACUGGUUCAUUAGAAAACGGCCAAGUUCAAGAUUUCACCAAGUGUCUUAAUGCACAUUAUACAUAAGAAUGUAUUUGUAUGCUGCAAUGUGUGGCAAUUCACAUGCCUUUUGAAGAGGGGGCAUUUUUAUCACAGGUCAUAUCACGCAUCAUUUGAAAAGCUUUGUAUUUUUGGGACUGGUGGAUAUUUAUUUCUUGUGAAGGUGUAAACUUUUUCAUUUGUACCUUAAAUAUGGUGCCUAUACUGGAUGCUUUAUUAUAAUUACAAAUGGUUUUUUUGUUUUGUU